AUGGCCCCAAACCCCACCGGAAACUCACUUGACGGUUCAAGUUCUGACUCGUACAACCUUUUUUUCAAGGGUUCAUUGGCGGGAUUUGGGGUUGCAAUUUGCAGAGAAGAGGAUGAUAGCAUCUUGUUUCAGAAAAAAGUUUCACUUCAUUACUCCGACAUUUCAGGUUGGGAGACAGAGCUUAUGGCAUUGAAGCUAGGACUAACCAAAGCCGUGAGUUUGGGGAUCAAACUUGCUUUAACAGACGCGGUUUCAAGACAGUACCUUUGGCGUUUCCAUGGUGCAACAGUGUCCGCGUCAGCACAAGGGAGCCCUAGUUGUAUUCAGUAUAAAAGAGGUGCUCUAGGUUAUUGA